GCUUCAACUAGAAUGAGCAGUCAAGAACAGCAUAACUAAGCAAUCAAUGAAAAUGAAAUCGCAUAUGAUUCAAACCAAGCUACAAGCAAGAAAGCUCUUAAGCAAAAGAAACUAGACAACAAAUAGGAACCAAAAAAGCCGAUUGAUGGAAAACAGUAGUUUGGUGAUAAGUCUAUAUGUCGACUCUGCUAGGUAUCAACAAAGUCUACACUUACUAUUAUUUGCAUUCGUUGUCAUUUCAAAUAUCAUCAGGAAUGCAUACGCAAAUAAAACAAAGAACCUCAAUUUGAAGAUGGAAUAAAAUGGCAUUGUUUGUCUUGUAUCGACAGGAUAGCAAAGAGAAAGCUUAAGGAAUCGAAACCCUCAAAAAAGAAACAAUGCAACCAAAUACAGGAUUUCUUUUAAAAAACAGUUCAACCCUAGGAAGACAAAAUCAAGAAGCUUACUGAAUUUCAAUUGCUUUAUCCAACCUACAUUUAAUAAGGCAGAGUCAUCUUUCCUAUUUUGGAUGAAUAUUUGACAGCCUAUCAAGGAUUGUUUAACAUUGAGCCCAAAAAGAAACCCGCCCUUCACGUUGACCCGGCAAUUCCAUAAGAAAUUUUUGAAGAUGUGCUCAAAAUUUGGGACGCUUACAAUAACAUGAACAAAAUCAUAAGUGACAUUCUUCAGGAACAAUAGAUAGAAAGUAUGUAUCUCUUCCAUAUAUGUUUAGCAUAAUAACAGUCAAAUAAUAUUGGUACCUUGAUUCACUUUCAAGAUAAUCAUACAUUAUAUAAUAAAAAAUCAAGAAUAGAAAUCUAUGAUACUCUAUAACAUAAUCCGCAAGAAUUAAUCUUAUUUUUUUGUUAUUUCUACUUAAAAUAAAUAAUUGAAGAUUUAGAUAUAGAAUAAAUGCAAAAAUAACAAUAUGUAUUGUAUAUGUAAUAUAAAAGAAAAUACCCUAUUGGCAGCUCAUGGGAUAUAUGUGGUAUACAAAUAGAUAGAGGUACUAUCAAUUGCUAAGGGACGAUGUAAAAUCCUUACCAACAAAUAUUUUUAAAUAAGGAAUUCUACAUCUUCCAGAUUAUUUGAUUGAUUUUGGCAACUAUAAAAAUGUAAACAAACUGGCAAAGUUAGUGAUAGCUUUGGCUGAUGGAAUAGAAUCUUUAAAGAGAACAUAAUUUCUAUACUAAUACAGAACUGAGAACAUACUCUCCAAUAAUAGGAUGAAAACCUAAUUAGGAAUGCAGAUCAAGGAGUAAAGAAGUAAAUAGAUGGAAAUUAAUAAGGAAAUAAUAGAAUCUGAAGGCAAUUAUCAAAUGGCAAAAGUAAAGUGUGUGGUUAAUUUUUAGUCCAAAUUAUUAGAAGAUGGGUUAAGUAGAGCAGAAACAUAAAAAUUUAUCAAACAAAAGGAAACUACACAGAAACAAUGUCAAAAAUUAAAAUACUAAUUUCAAAAAAUAGAAAAGGAAAUAGAUAACUUAACUGAGAGAUAUCAUUAAUAAGAGAAAGUAUUGCUAUUUUCAUAUAAUUAAGGAAUUGGCAAUCAUAUAAAUUUCGUCUUUGGUAUUAAACCCUUCGGUGUUCUUAGGAUAUGAUAGCAGGAAUAGUUCAUACUAUUUCUUUCUUUGGGAAUCAGACAAAAUAUUUGCUUGUAUGAGAAAUUCGAUUAUUGAUGAUGAGGUUUGUUAGUGGGGUUACUAUGAUCUAAAGGAUGUUAACGUAUUAAUGGAAGUACUUUGUGAGAAGGGAGUUAAAGAAAAUUCAUUAAGAAAUAACAUUUUGGAAUUAUAAAGAGCAAAACUAUUGAUAGUUUAGUAGAAGAAAGAAGAGGAAGAAGAAAAGGAAGAUAAAUUGAAGAACUCAGAGAACAAUAGUGAGAUUGAUGUUGCACAAAACAAUAGUAGCAAUGUAAAGAAUUAGAAAGUCAAUAGUCUAGAGAACUUAGACAUUGAUAUAUUAAUAUAGGAAUUUUUAAAUAUUGAAAGUAUGUUGACUGAGUAUCUAAAUCAAAGGAACUCAAGAUGGUGCAGCAGUGAAAUUAGAAACUCGUUUUUAAAGAGUUUCUAGAAUGUUAUUAAAAUAAGAUUAGACAGAAAUUAUAAUGAAUAGGACCUAGCUCCUUUUUGUAGAGCAAUUGAAUAUUUUGUUGAUAAUACUAUGAUGUAAGAAAAAUUAGAAUUAAGACCUGAAGAGGAUAUAAAUGGAGAUGAAAAACUUUAAUUAAAUAAUGAAGAUGAAUCAUAUUAGCAAUAGAAUAGAAGAAGGAAAGUUGUGGAAGACGAUUCAUCUGCUGAAUAACCAAUAUAAACUGCAAUUUAAUAAUUAGAAUAAUUAGAUAUCGGAAAAGUGAGAGUUAGAAAAUUGCCAAUGAAAUUGUUUGGCACAUAUUAUGAAACAUUGAGAUUGAAUUUAAUAGAAUAAUUAAAAUAAGAUUGCAAUCUAGUCAAAUUGAAGAUAUGUUUAGAAGUUCUUGGUUAAAUAGUGUAAGACUACAUAAAUAGAAAAAUUACACAAUAAGUAGUGACAUAAAUACCAGAGAAAAAGAAAGUAGAGGAAGUGCAAUUAAACAAAUAAGUUCAAAUUGAACCUGCAGUGGUAGAACCUGAAAUUAAAGUGUAAAGCCUAAGGUAGAGAGUGAAGACUUAGUCACAAUCAAUUUAUUCGGAGAGUAGAUGGGAGGAUAGAUGCAAUUAAUGUGGGUAAGGGGGCAAAGUCAUUUGUUGUGACACUUGUCCUAAAGUAUUUCACACUAAGUGUUUAGGACUGAAGGAGAUACCAAAAGGAAAGUGGAAUUGCUUGGUUUGUUUAAGUAAUUUCGAGAGACAAGUCAAAACAAGAGCAACUAUAAAAAAAUUAGAAAAUAAUUGA